UGGGGCUGACCGGCCCCGAUGAGGCGGAAGGAGAAGCGGCUCCUGCAGGCGGUGGCGCUCGUGCUGGCUGCCCUGGUCCUCCUGCCCAACGUGGGGCUCUGGGUGCUGUACCGCGAGCGGCAACCGGACGGCACCCCAGGAGCAGCGGGGGCGGCCGUGGCCCGGGCGGCGGAACAGGGCUCGCACAAUCAGCAGAAGAAGAAACUUCCCUUGAGCCAUGGGCAGAAGCUGAAGGACUGGCACAACAAGGAGGCCAUCAGGAGGGAUGCUCAGCGCGUAGGAAAUGGAGAACAAGGGAGACCUUACCCCAUGACCGACGCUGAUAGAGCGGACCAGGCGUACCGAGAAAAUGGAUUUAACAUCUACAUCAGUGAUAAAAUCUCCCUGAAUCGCUCUCUUCCAGACAUCCGGCACCCAAACUGCAACAGCAAACACUACCUGGAAACGCUCCCCAACACGAGCAUCAUCAUCCCCUUCCACAACGAGGGCUGGUCCUCCCUGCUCCGCACCGUGCACAGCGUGCUGAACCGAUCACCCCCUGAGCUGGUCGCAGAGAUCGUGCUGGUGGAUGACUUCAGUGAUCGAGAGCACCUGAAGAAGCCACUUGAAGACUACAUGGCCCUUUUCCCCAGCGUGAGGAUUCUUCGUACCAAGAAACGGGAAGGUCUGAUAAGAACCCGGAUGCUGGGGGCCUCAGCAGCGAGUGGGGAUGUCAUCACAUUUUUAGACUCGCACUGUGAAGCCAACGUCAACUGGCUGCCCCCCUUGCUCGACCGCAUUGCUCGGAACCGCAAGACCAUCGUGUGCCCCAUGAUCGACGUGAUUGACCACGACGACUUCCGGUACGAGACGCAGGCAGGGGAUGCCAUGCGGGGAGCCUUUGACUGGGAGAUGUACUACAAGCGGAUCCCAAUCCCUCCAGAACUGCAGAAGGCUGACCCCAGCGACCCAUUUGAGUCUCCUGUGAUGGCCGGUGGACUGUUCGCCGUGGAUCGGAAGUGGUUCUGGGAGCUGGGCGGGUACGACCCUGGCUUGGAGAUCUGGGGAGGGGAGCAGUACGAAAUCUCAUUCAAGGUGUGGAUGUGUGGGGGCCGCAUGGAGGACAUCCCCUGCUCCAGGGUGGGCCAUAUCUACAGGAAGUAUGUACCCUACAAGGUCCCCGCUGGAGUCAGCCUGGCCCGGAACCUUAAGCGAGUGGCGGAAGUGUGGAUGGAUGAGUACGCCGAGUACAUUUACCAGCGCCGGCCCGAGUACCGCCACCUCUCUGCCGGGGACGUAGCCGCCCAGAAGAAGCUCCGCAGCUCCCUGAACUGCAAGAGUUUCAAGUGGUUUAUGACAAAGAUCGCCUGGGACCUGCCCAAGUUCUACCCGCCCGUGGAGCCUCCAGCGGCGGCCUGGGGGGAGAUCCGCAGUGUGGGCACGGGGCUGUGUGCAGACACGAAGCAUGGGGCCCUGGGCUCUGCGCUGAGGCUAGAGAGCUGUGUGCGGGGCCGCGGGGAGGCUGCCUGGAACAACAUGCAGGUGUUCACUUUCACCUGGAGAGAGGACAUCCGGCCUGGAGACCCACAGCAUACCAAGAAGUUCUGCUUUGACGCCAUCUCCCACAACAGCCCAGUCACCCUCUAUGACUGUCACAGUAUGAAAGGCAACCAGCUGUGGAAAUACCGGAAAGACAAGACCCUGUACCACCCCAUCAGCGGCAGCUGCAUGGACUGCAGUGAAAGUGACCACAGAAUCUUCAUGAAUACCUGCAACCCCUCCUCUCCCACCCAGCAAUGGCUGUUUGAACACACCAACGCAACAGUCUUGGAAAAAUUCAAUCGAAACUGAACCCUGGUGUCCCCUUGGCUGGCCUGGCAGGGGCCCCCACCCUCACUGCAGCCUUCCUCUCCCGAGGGAGGCGAGGGCCCCCUGGGCUCCAUGAUGUAACAGGUGCUGGCCACGCAGUUCAGGGUGAAGAGGGCUCUUGAAGCCACACCGCCCAGGCCUCCCAGAGCUGCAGCACAGUGUCUUUCUGGUCCUUCAGCCCUUGUGUCUCGGGGAUGAGGUGGGAAACAGACCCCACAAGAGGCCCCAGGUGAGAGCUGAGCUGCUUUAACCCCUGCUGGCGUCACGGGAACCCAGGAGGUCCUGUUCAACUUUGUCACCAUGUCCCCAUGAGUAUCCUGCUGGAGGAAUGCUGGGGCACUCCUAGGCCACCCAGCAAUGAGUCUGCAAGGUUGCCCAGCCCUCAGGUGGCUACCAUACCUGAAGGUCUUUUAGAAAGAUAGGCAAAAUGUGCCAGUUUGGGGUAGUUUUAACAGCACCAAUGCCACCCAUCUACCAGAAGGGAAAGAGGUCCUCCUCUGGGCCACUGGUUUCUGCCUUUAGUUUCUGCAGGGCAGUCCCUGCUCAGCUUCUGUUCUGUCACAGCCCCAGGUGAUUCACUCGGAGGCUACACCUGGGCCCUCAGAGCAUUCGAUGCUGAGCAUUGGCCAGCUGACAGGCAUGAGGUCAGAAGAGGGAUCUCAGAUAGUCCUUUGCAGCCACGGACAUACAGGAUGUCUCCCCUGGUCUCCGGGUACGUGAGAUGCCCGUUUCAGAGCUCUCCCAGCACAAGGACAGCCUCCCCAACAGCUUCUCAGGGCCGUGUUUCAGAUGCCCUUGGGCCCGUGAAAAAACCUGGGAGAAGACUUCCAAACUGGGAAUGCUGGCAGACUUCCCAGCCCAUGCUUCCAUUUCUCUCUCCCUGGCAAUUACUUGCCUUGAGAGAGGAACAGAGGUGCUCACUUGACAAAGUCUGGAGACCUCCGGGUGGACUGUGGGCAAGACACCUCGCCUCUGACAUCAUCAUGGUUCUAGUUCUCAAUAGAACUUUAGAAUUCGUUAGAGAACUCUGUCAUCCGAUCACACACUCUAGGAUGCAACAUAGGAUUCUGGUAUUCUAGCAUCCAAUAUGGAUUUCUAGAAUGCUGUGAUUAAAGCAGCCAGCCAAGUGUAAUGCAGUCAAGGCAGCCCCCAGCCUAGAGAUAAUCUGUGAAAUCCAAGGUUGGUGAUGUUGGUGCAGGAAGACAUGGGGGGUAUGUGCGUCCAUCGGCCCAUACCAGAGGCCUGCUCUGCCUUGGUCCUCAGAGGAGACAGAAGCCCUGGAGCCGCCACAGCUCCAUGCCAGUCCUUCAUGUUUACCUUUUGCUUUGAUGAUUACUUGUCAGACUCACAGGGGCCUCCCAAACCAAUGGAAAGCAUCUCUGCAACCAACCUACCACCCACUGGUUCAGAAAUGGAAAUCGCAUUCCACAUCCUCCACCAUAGCCUCCACCAGCUAGCCCAAGAAGUGCUUGAAGUCAAUAUUCCAAUUAGAGUUGGUUAUGCCAUUUACCAGUUAAAUAACUGAGACAUAAAUCUGGGAACAGAGCCACAGAUCUGCCUUUGAGAUGCUGGCUGAUCUCAAGGCCAUCAGUUUUCCGGGGGGAGGGGGUAAACACUCCCUACCAGACAGCCACUCUGAUUAAACGCGUAGCUGGCAAAGGAGCAGUUCUACGUAACCCCAGCACAAUUCUGCCCUGGCCCCCUGUCGGCAGGAGAGGCGGCCCCUGUGUUUGGGAAGCUUGCUUGUUGGUCCCUAGUGCCCUUUUCCAAUCGAGUGCUACACCUUUAGAAGUGGCAGUCUGUAGAAGGGAGUCCGAAGAUGAGCCCCUUCUAGACUCUUUAAGGUAACAAGCAUGCAGCCAUUUGGAGAGUUGAGUUAGGAGUCAUCCUUGGAGAGCAAUGCAGCAUCAUUAAAAUAAAACUGUGCCUUUUAAGAAGAAAAAAAUGCAAAUGUACAGUAAAUCCCUAAACUUGAACCAUUUCCUAGUGCCUUGCUAGACAAACAUAACGGGGCAGGGUUGGGGGUGGGGUUGGUGGUGUACGCAGUUCCUCUUGAGUGAGUGUGUCUGUCUAAUUUCCUACUGUCUAAUUUCAAGCAGGAGAUGUUGGCCCAGAGCGGGAUUGAGACUGAGGUGCCCCCUACGGACCAGAGGCCAGAGUGGUUUCAGUUGGUGCAAGCAAAUCUCUAAAUUAACAAGGCAGCUGGGCCCCUCGCUUAGUCCCUGGCCUGGAAGAGCCUCAGCAGCCCCUGGGAGAGGGCCCUGCAUUACCUCACUGGGCCCUGUUGAAGGCCAUGCCUGCAGCCCCCACCCCAGCGCCACACAGUGCUUGUCCUGUCCCUUACCAUCAAGGGAGUGGGGGAAAACACUGAGCAGAUUCCCAAACGGUCCCAUUCCCACUGGGCAGCAGAGUUUUUAGUGCGGCCCGGAUUCCCAUGGAAAGCAGGAGCACCAAGCAAGCAGUCCUCAACCCUCCUCCUUCCCAUCCUUUGGUUUUCCUUUGAGUGUGGAUUUACAACCGCUACGGGGCUGGGUAGGUCCCCGGAGCACUCUGGCGUUCGUAAUUGCUGAGCCCACAUAAAUCAGUAGGUCCUGUGACUUGAUCUUGACAAAGUGUGUAAUAGGGGAAGGAAGGAGAGGAGUUCAUUGACUGAGCAAGUGACUGGUUGGAAAUACAAAACCACUCUUGUUUUCACCUCAUUUUUGAAAACUACCAGUCUCAAGAAUUCAGGUCCCUGCUAGUACCCCCAGCUGAUGUUCAGGAGAGCUCAGGCAGGAACCUGUGGAGGUGCAGCCAGCCGGGUGGCCAGUGGGUAAGAGUCAGGCCCCCAUUCCUCUAAAGCUGUUAUUCUGAAGAUGAGGUUCCAAAACAGGUCAUGGCUAGAAAGUACCUGACCGUGCUACCCACAAGCAGCCUUUCCAAAGGGGGACUCCAGAAACAUUUCUGAAUGCAAACAGCAUCUCUGAAGUAAGGACAAGGCCUUUAAGGUGACUCCAUUUACAGGCACAUUUGUGAAAAGCCUCUCCACCUCGUGCUUCCAGUGGAGCUUGUGCUGUAUGGUCCUUUUCAACUUUGAAAACGGUCUGGAAACUGUCGAUUCUCCCCUUUAGGAGGAAAUAGCUCAGAGGCAGAGGAGGUUACCUCAGCAGAAGGGAUCUGACAGAACACAACGUUAGAUCUAGGGGAGAAGGAGCAGUCUUUGUUAAAGUUGUAGCAUGCACAGCCCCAAAGUGCACAUUACAUUCAUUUUUCAAGCCUCCUAGUUGAGUUGUUUUUUCCACUUGAGAAAUAGGUGAUCUAAAUGGCUCCGUGUUUCUUUCUGGGCAUCUCUAUUUCCCUAGUCUCUAGAGUCUCAAAGCUAACGUGGCAAAGCACUUUACAGUUGUAACUGAUAACUGGAGUCCUUGCUUCAAUGAUACCUAGUUUGUUUGUAAAGGUUGGGUGAUCUUUUAUAAUUCCUAGGAGGCCGUGCAUUUUUAAUGUUUUCCGAAGAUUUCCAAGUAUGAGAGAGGGGCAGGGAGUGCAGUUCUGUUCUGGAAUUCUUUUCUGCUUUCAGUGAUGCUCUGUGAAUACCCAAGUAAUAUUUCAGUUCGAAUAUGACCUUGAGCCAAGGCCACUGCCACCUCUGGGGCAGGGGUUGGAUCUACCUUCUAAGUGACAAGGUCCUCUUAAUCUCUGCUCCCAAAAUGGCUUUACUUCACCUGCUCCAGACAGCAGAAUUGGGCUUCUGCUCUGUUAAUUGGCUUGAAGACAGGAAUCCCAAGGGGUUGCAGGCGGGGAAUAUUUGGGAAGCCAGACUGGAUUCCAUAGAGAAAACUCAAGGCCACGAACAUCUCCUGCCUGGAAAAGUGAACCUUUGUGAAGGCUGACUGACAAUGUACAAUUGUGAUUUUUGUUGAAUAAACCUCCAGACUUUCUGUAAAGUGGUCUCUGGCUUGCUCCUUGUCAUGCGCCAUCUUUCUGUCAUUCCCCCAAAAUACUUAUUGAACGCCUACUCCGUACCAAGAGCAAUCAUUCUAGAGGGGGAGGCAGAUCUAAAACAACUAACCAAGCUGAGUUCAGAUGGUAAUCGGGCUAUAAAGAAUGUAAAGCAAGUGAUAUUUUAGAGACUGAGGUAGGGUCAACAUUAGGGAGGAUGGUAAAAAGACAUGAGGGAGUGAGACAAGAGGCGAUCUGGGGUAAGCGUGUUCCA